CGUAAAAAUUAUAAAAUUUAAGUUCGUGUUGCCGAAUUUUCUUUGGAUAACAACCGUCGUCCUGUUCUCGGCCGUUCCAAGGCUCGUUAUUUUUAUGAGGCCGUUGUAGCCAAAGGGAAGAAAAUGCCAAUUAAAGCAAAAUUGUCUGAUGGUUACAACCAAGAUAUAAUUAAAGAAAGGGAGGAUGACGGGCUUAUUUUUUUGACUCGUUGGAUUUCUUCUUUGGCCCCUCCAAAUAGUAUUUUAAAAGAGAUAAUUCAUGACUGCGAUUUUGUUAUUUGCCGUGGAACUCUUUUACGUUUGAUGACUUCCUGUUUUGAUUCUAUUCCUCAUUCUGUGGGUAUGAAACUUGUUUGCUGCAAAUUAAAAGGCGUUUAUUUCAUUCGUGAGUAUUACACUCCAACUCGAAUUGAAAAAGAAGUAAAUAUGAUUGAUAGACAUAAUCGAAUGUGUUAUGAAGCACACAAAUUUAAACAGCUUGUUACUACAAAAGGACAGGGAAAAAGGCCUGAUUUUAAGGAGACUGUUUGUGUUAAACCCGAUUUUAUUGGGGUUUUUAAAGGUUAA